AUGCAGUUCACCACUCUUCUCAAUCUUGCCCUCCUUGCCACCAGUGGCUUUGCCUACUCAAACAACUGUCAGGGCUCAAGCGUGGACGUCAAACUCAGCGAUUGCAAAGCCGCUCUUGCCCGGAUUGACAAGGGAAAGACCUACGUCGACCAAGCCCAGUUCUCGGUUCGAAACUGCUACAUGAUCUAUGCGACUAAUGGCUCCGGCCGCCACCCUAUUAAGGGCCAAUACAUUUGGGACACGGCCAAUUCGAUCAUAAACAGCUGUGGCAAGCACAAGGGAAGCUUCGGAACCAACAACAACUGCGACAAAUGCCACGUUACCGUCAACUACAGAGCUUGA